AGCUUGCUGCGCAUGGAGCAUGGGGAACAUGACAAGAGCAAAAGGUGUUGACGCGGUGUCUGAAUUCCCCAGAUCUCAAUCCUGGGGUGUGCUGAUCGACGGAGGCCCCACUUCCAUCGCAACUUAGAGGACUUAAUGGAUCUGCUGCUAUCGUCUUGGUGCCAGAUCCCACAGCACACCUUCAGAGGCCUUGUGGAGUCUCGACGGGUCGGAGCUGUUUUGGUGGAACAAGGAGAGGCGGACCUACACAAUAUUAGCUCCCCUGAUGGCCAGUGACGAUUCGGAUAAUGACGUCUCUCUGACUCCACCCUCUCUAGGAAAGACGACGGAGCAGCACGGUUCACCGAAAACAUUGUCCUUAAACGAACUCGGUCAGGAUGCCGACGAUGCAUCAGACGGAAAGGACUCACCGACAGAGCAGAAAGACGGUCAGAGUAGGACGUACAGCUAUAUGAGCCCAAUCAGCAGUGAUGUAGACGACGUUCCAGAAAAGCCUGAAGGAGGAGAUCGCACUAAACCGGCCAGGAGUCGGUCGAGGAAGAGUUCACACCAAGAAAAGCCUCGAAGGAGAGGAAGCGUCAGAAAGACACCGGGACGUAGCGAUAUCGCCACAGUUAAAAGCGAGUCUGAGCUGGAAGAGCACGUUACGGAAGCGUCACAAAGGAUGAGACGUCGGGCGAAGACGCCACGGAAGGGCUCAGACCAGGAAUCCAGAAAUGGGGUCACAAAGAAAGCGCCCACGUCCGGUGGCGCGUCAGAGGACGAAGCCGCUAAAGACUCUGCAGAGCGUCAAACCAAAAACAGUAGAAGUGAGCGCAGGCGUUCAGAUCCUGCGUCCUUCGACAACGACGAGGACGUGAAAGAGAAGCCAAAAAAGCGGCGUGUCAAAGUGACUCCGAAGCGGAAAGCUCAAGCUUUAAUAAAUUUACUCGGGGAGUCCGAUCAGCCGGAGCAACCUCCUGAGGGAUCACGCAAGCCACGAGUUAAGGAAAAAGAGGGAGCGAGCCCUCGUAAAGCCGUUCCCAUCGAGUGCGAAAUAUGCGGUCGGAGCAUCCGGUGCAAAGCCAUAUUGGAGAGGCACAUGCUCUCACACACAGGAGAGAAGCCAUUUGGAUGUGACGAGUGCGGCAAGCACUACACCAGCAGCUCCAACCUGCGCAUCCACCAGCUCAGCCAUAGCGGCAAGAUGGACUACGUUUGCAACGAGUGCGGCCAGAAGUUCACUCACCUGCCGUAUCUGAAAAGACACCUGUUGAGGCACGCGGGGAAGAAGAUGCACAUUUGUGAACACUGUGGCAAAGGCUUCAUCCAGAAAUACCACCUCCUGCGCCACCUCUUGGUACACACCAAGCAAACGCCGCAUAUCUGUGACAGGUGUGGUAUGAGCUUCAACCGGACAGACAACCUGAGACUACACCUGCACAGCGUCCACCAGAUCGAAAGGGACUUACCCGAGGCCAAGCCGGAAAAACUUUACACGUGCGAGACGUGCAAUAAAUCGUUCGUCAGCCAGGCUUCGCUGGAAAUACACAAACGCAUACACACGGGGGCCAUGCCGUAUUCGUGCACCGUAUGCUCGCGCCAGUUCAAACAGUCGAGUCACCUGUAUUCACACAUGUUCACACACGCCAGUGAGAAGCCACAUGCGUGUAACCUCUGUGAGCUGAAGUUCACUCGCAGAACCUACCUGCGAAAGCACAAAGAAAGGGUGCACGUCGGAGCCGGAGAGCUACAAAGUUCUUGACUGGUUCUACAGCGUGGAAUAAUUUGAGAAUACUCAAAAACAUUUUCCCAUUUUAUUUUAUUUGUAUUUUUAUUAAGUUUUAAGUUUUAGUGAAAUCACAUACAGAGACACAUCUAGGGACAGGAAAAAAAACAGUCCGAGCUGAAUAUUUUUUUAAAAAUCUUUAAAAACAAAAACAACAACAUUCGUUCUAGUGUAGUGGAAAAGCAGUUAUGUUGUUCAUAGGAAUCUGUGAAAGUCGGAAAAAUACAAAUAAUUUGUUUUGCUUCCUCACAUUCAGUCCUUCCGCUUACAAAGUACCCAGGUUUCAUCAAAGUUUUAAUUAUGACAUAUCUGUACCAGAACAGCUUUGUAGUAACUUGAAUUCACGCACUUAGUCCCUUUUUAUUUAUUUAUUUUGGUCUCUAUUUUAUUUAUUAGAGUAAUGUAUACAGUACAACCCUGAAACCCAGCACAAGCUCAGUUAGCAGACUUUGUUUUGUCCUGUAGGGGGCAGCAUAUCAUCACACACCACAGCACAGUUACCUUAUUAUACACUGCUUUGCCCCUUGCUACUUUUACUGCACUCUUUAUGUUUUAAGACCUCUUAGUGGUCCCUUUUAAGUCCUAGACAAGAAUUAAACAUUGCCUUAAAAUGUC